AUGAAAUAUUCUUACAAAAUUGAUAGUAUCAAAGCACUGAAGGAAAUAUCGCAGAUGACAAAAGAAGCGUUGACCAAUACACUAAAUAAGGUUGAAAUUUUUCCUCAUACUGGAUGUUAUUUAAAUGAAGCUUCAUUAAGAGCUUUACAAAUAUCCAAUGUUAAUAAUUGGAGAGGACUUAUAAAUGGCCUGUUUGUUCAAAUUUAUGGGAACCAUUUAAAGUAUAUGUCUGUGAAAGGAUCACGAGGCAAUAUCUCGAUAGAUAAAAAAAUAAUGAUGGGUAUUUAUAAACUGGCAAAAUCUAUUGAUACAAAUCUGCAAUGGGAAACUUUUCAGGAUUGCGUCGGUAAACUUUGUUCAAAUAAGCGGCGUAAGGGGACGCAGAAAGAAGAAAAAAAUAAAAAAAUUAAUCAAAUCAUUAUAGAUACUGCAACAACAAUUACCGAACCAAUUGUCCAUAAUCCAGAAGUAUCACAUCCACCGCAAUUGUUGCCACCAAAAAAAAGAAAAAUACAAAAUCAACGAAGUGAACAAUAUCAUCAAAACAAAAUGGUUUCUGGCUAA